ACUACGUCAAAGAAACGUCACUGAUCGUACGAUUAUAAACUGUAACGCUUUUAUUUUUUCGUUUAAAUUGUACACCCAGCUAUCUUAUUAAUAUAUUUUGGUGAAACAUGUGCUAAAAUUAUAAAUAAUAUUCAGUAGUAAGUUACGAAUAUGAACAAAUCUUCAUGACCUUUAAUAUCAAGGUAGAUCAAAAUGUCGAAGGCAGUGAUAAUACCGGGAUGUAAGGAUAUUGGACGUAUGAAGGAAGAAAUAUCAUUGUCACCGCCCGACAAAAAAGAUGGGGCAAUUAGCUUGCUCAGUCGACUCUUGCGCUUGGAUAAUUUGAGUAAACGACAAACUUCGGAAAGCCCUACUUCCAAUGAAUCUAACACGACAUACUAUGGAGUCUACAUUCCGUGUGAAAUCAAAAAAGGUCCAGAUGAAGAAGCUUUACAUGUGUAUGAAAAUAAAUCGGAAGCUAUGGAGCUGGUUAGAAGAUAUAAAUCGGCAAGGUUCAAGAUGUUCAGAAGUCACCAGGAUGCGGUAUCAUUUGCAUUGAGAGGUGCAGAACCAACUGAGACACAUGAAGGGAACAAUUCACUUAUGGGAGAGAAGCCUUACCCAUUCAAGGCUCCAUCUCCUCAGGAUAUGGUGGCCCUGCGUAAAGCGAUAGAAGCAGGGUUGGCUACCACAGUACAUGACCGUAUAUGGGACAACCCUCGCUAUCUUGUGAGCAGUGGGAAUACACCCGCUAUUGUACAGGAAGGAUCUCGCUACAAUGCUCUUCAUGUCGCUGCGAAAGCAAUGAAUGCGGAGAUUUGCAACUUGCUGCUCACCACUGUUGGGAAUCCCGCCUUCGUGCAGACCUUGUAUGGUAUGGAUGCUGAUGCUGAUUCUUGUAAGGAGUUUUCAGCGAUUCUAGUGGACCGCUACCUCAACACUCCGGACAAAGCGAUGAACGAGACGCCGCUGCACUUCGCGGCCAAGUUCGGCGCGGAGGCGGUGGUCGACGUGUUGACUUCCUUCCCGCAGUGCAAUUUAAAUGCUGUCAAUAAAUAUGGCGAACAACCUAAAGACAUAAUAUGUUUGCGGGCGGCGGGGCUGGAGGCGAAGACGGAGGGGGCGGUGGCGGGCCGCAUCCGCGCGCUGCUGCGCCCGCGCUACUACGUGCCCGUGCUGCACGCGGAGGACGGCAGCAGGGAGCCCACCAUCGGACGACCCUUCUCGCCUGGACUGCACCAGGAAAUCAACAAGGACCCGUUAUCCCCCCGGUACGAGAUCCGCGCGUUCGCGGGCCCCAUGGCGCCGCGCGACGCCGACAGCUUCCGCCGCAAGUGGAAGACUCCGCCGCGCGCCGGCUUCCGCCUCGCCGACAUCUCCAAGGGCCUGGAGACUGUGGGCAGGAAUCUAGCCGAGGAAAUGAAAGUGAGUUGGAAGGAAUACUGGCCUUUUCUAGACACAUUCACUGACCUCAGAACUAAAGAAGGACUCACUUUAUUAGAAAACUAUUUAAAAAGCAAAUACGAAGUCGCCUGUUCGAUAGUUUACAACGACAGUUGCGCACAAUACCAGCAUACAGACGAACUCUCUCUAUCCGCGAUCACAUUAAAUACCACUCAGAGUCCAGUUAAAGAACUCCUAAGUCCUAUCUCAGAUUUAUGCGCAGCUAUGAAAAGUUGCACAAUAACAGACAGACCUUCAUAUUGGAAGAGAACGGAUCCAAUACGACAAAGACUUUGUCGACAACCGAAUUUAAAAAUAAAUGGUGAUAUUUCACCCGUUAAUCAUACUGUUAACCAAUUAUUAUGUAUAGAAAGAACUUGUCAAGUGUUCGCGAAAAGGAUAGCAGAUGCUCUCGUUUUCUCUCUAACAGCGGAACCUGAAGUUGCAAGUGAUUCUUUGAAAUCGGAAGCAAAACAUCUCCAGCAUACAAUAUUUACAUAUAUGGAUGAUGAGAGAUUUAAAACUAUUAAUUUUGCGUUAUUACAUUCACGACUUGCACAAUUAGUUGUGUUCAAAUUGAAGCAGAAGACUAAAGAAUUGGACGAUGUGAAUUUUUUAGUUGAAUUUCUAGUGAAACUCCGAUGUCCCAAUGAUGAUAUAUUCAGUUCUGAUGAUGAGAGAAAGAAUUUUUCUUAUAGAAGUCGUGUUAAAAUGUCGCAUGUUAUCAACGAGCAUGUUCGAUGUCUGUCAAGUUUUAUAUGUGAGGAAUUAACGGAGACGGAUGAGAGCAAAGGUCCAGCGGUCUCGGAGACGGAAUGCUCGGAGAUCUGGUCUCGGGCUGGUAAAUGCAGAUGUGAUUGGAAUAUAGAAGUAUUUGAGAGGAACAGCAAGAAGAACGCCUCGUUCAGGAAGAAUAGAUCCACAUUAUCGUCUAGUCCGAAGAGUGAAAGCUUCAUUCGGAGGUUGAUGUUUGAUCAGGAUAUUGGUGGUGUUACAGGAGACGGCAAGGCGCGUGUUGGGGGCGCCGGCGGGGGCGGGGGCGGUGGCGGGGGCGCGCACAACUCCCCCGCAGGAGACUACUCGCCCCCGCACUACACCGUGGACGUCUCCAAGUGUCAAGUUGUUGAAGCCGAGAUAUCAGACGACGACUCCGUGGCGUCGUGUCGCUCUGACAGCGAGGAGACGUUCCACACCGCCUCUGAUCGUUCUGAUGAUGAAGAGGAAUCUCUGAUGGAGGAUGCAAGUGACAGAGCACUUGUAGAACCAUUUAUAUACGGCGAGGAACCAACUAAGAUGGACCGCUUAGUGUAUGACGCUCUCUCGGAGCUGGAGGUCAGCGAGGAGGAGUUCCCCAACGUGCACCGCUGGCGGCACACCGUCGCGCUCUACUCCCCGCAGGAGAGACAAAAAUGGUUGCAAUGCGGUGAAUGUUGCAACGUGUCGAGCGUGUUGUCGGUGGGGGGCAGCCCGCGCCCCGCCGCCGCCCCCACCCCCACCGCCCCCUGCACUCCGCCCGCCCCCGCCCCCGCCCCCGCCUGCAGCACCCCCGGCAAGCUGCGCGGGGAGGACGCCAGGUCACUCUCACUGCAGGUUUCAAACUGGCUCCGUGUGACGGGACCUAACUCCCCGCGCUGCGCUUCCGCUGCUAAGAAAGUCGGACACAACGUCAGCUUCGGCUUCUGACUGUCUACCCCCUUUUGUAUCACCUUGAAGGUAACCCUUGAUGGAUAUUUGCGAAAAUUCUCAUUUACAUUUGUGUUCAUAAAUUUGUAAAAUUAUUUGUAUGUACCUAUUUGAUUUUGAAAUGUGAUUUGAUUGCAUUAAAUUUUUUAUAUGUAAAGUUUCGUAUACGAGACUUUUGUACCUUCAGGAAUUUAAAAUUUAUCAUAGUUAGGAGGCAUUUUAUUUAACGCCUCUUUGCUGACAUUUCAAAA